AUGUCACUUUGCGAUCUGGAAGACUAUUUUCUUGACGAUUUCAAGGUGGUUCGUAAAGGCCACCAUGGGUACAACGGAAGCCGCCGGUGCUCUAACAAAUUCAUGGCGAAGAGGACCUGCAACCAAGCUACCAUCACUAAGACGCUUUAUGAUCCACAAAAUACGCUUAGCAAGAGGAAAACAAAACGUCUACUUACUGACUGUUCGGAUGGCUUUUACACUGAUGUGCCCUACUCAUUGAACAAACAAGAGAGGUGGAAAUAUGUGAAUCCAGACUCUCUUCUGAGAAAUUAUCCGGCCAACACAUCUGAGGUGUGUAUAGUUAGUAGGGAGGUCACUCCUCUAUCUUACGAAGAUUAUCUACGGGGUGACACAGUCACGGACAUGCAUGUCUUCAAUGAGGAUGUGGUGACGAAGCUUUCAUCUGCAGGGAGAAAGAAAGCUAUUCGAUAUUAUAUUAAUCAACUCAACGAAAAGCGACAUGUGGAUAAGGAUGAGGUGGAGCCGGCAAGAAUACUCCUUAACAUCGUCCGGUCGCCCCCCGUUACACAUCUGAACGAAAACACAUUCAGAAUAGCAAAACGUCGAAGACAUGCUGCAUUGAGAAAAACCGAAACAGACAAAUUUGAAGAGUUGACGAAUGACUGUUGCCAGAUCGAUGAUAACGAAUCGACUCCGGAGAGUAGUGACUUCUGCGAAACUGCGCAUACCCUGACGCUUGCGGAUUUCAUUACUAGUGGAAAACCAUUAGUGUCUGCACGGAAAUCUGAAAAUCUAUCCAGCAGCAUUCGUCUGGAUUCCUUCGAGAUUGUCGAAAGGAAACCUGCUGAAAUGGUUAACAUUUCGGAAAUCACCAAUGCUCCCCAUAUUUUUGAAAUUUUCGACAUUAGUAUCAGAAGAUUAGACAGUUUCGAUCUAAAAGAAGAAAUCACACUACUAGCUCCUGGAUACUGCACCGUGCAUUGGUUUGGAUCAGAGCGGGUGUCUCUUGCAAGCAAAAGACAGGUUCAGCCAAUGUUUGUGCUGUUCUUCGAGAUCGAUAGGAAAUCUGGGAAUAUUAGGAUCCGCAUUAAUAUCAACGCUUCAUUUUCUUCUGGAAUUGAGAGAAAUACUCUGGAGAAACUUCUUGAGACAAGAAAAAAUUUCCCAUCGUUGUUCGAAAGCUUGAUAGAAUUUAUCUUCAAACUAGAACUAUUGUCUUCAGAAAAUAAACAGACUCGAUACCACAGUUGCAAAGAUAAUUUUAUGGCCAGCGUCAACAGUGAAAGAAUGGCAGCUGAGGCUACUCCAUGUGGUCACCACGAACAGUUGGAAUUCGUUCGUCCGCUGUACAUCUACGAUGGGACGGAUUUUGUUCCGAAAUCAGUGGGAAACUGCACGUUAUGUUGUCGCUGUAGCUCUCCGUACAAGCCUGAUCUCUUCACGUCAACUAAUGGAAUGAUGUGCAGGGAAUGCGUUGCCUCAUUUAUGAUUCGACAACUACGUCUCAAUCAUUCGCCGGUAGAAAUCCCGCUCAUCACCUCAUCAGAGAGUUCUCCAGUCGAUCUCCUCUAUGCAAUUCUUCCGUUACCCCUGAUGACUUUGAUAGUGAAGAUAUCCUACCUCUACCACUCCUCCCUCUUAAAUCAAGAACCUCACUUGUUGCAAUGUCCUAAAUGUUCGAAUUCCCUUGCAGUAACCGAAGAAAGUGAAUACAAUUCUUGCAUUUGUUCCGUCUGUGGAUGCUGUUGGUGUUAUUUAUGUGGAUGGGAACCCCAUUGGCCGUUGAACUGUGAAGAAUUCAAGGAGUGGAGCAAGAAAUGGGAUAUACAAUACUUGUUCGACAAAUUCAAUCUUCGGGAAGGGGAACGUCUACUACGCAUAAAAUGUAUCUGCGAAAACAUUUUUUACGCUCCCGAAGAUUCAGCUCAUGGGACUUUGUGCGGAGGUCCCAGGUACAGAUGGAAAUGUUGGCUACAAUAUGACAAAGAGGGUUUGCUACGUGACUCACGUAGUUUGUUUUGGCCAUACACUCCGAGAUUCCGGAAGAAGUACCAUCACCCGGGUAGCGAAGAUUUCAAAUAUGGAGCACGUGUACAGCCAGAAUAUCUGAAAGUCAAAAAAAUCAUAAAGAAAGUAUACGCCGAUAGGUGUGGGGAGGUGCGGAGACUUCGCUUUAAUCAGCAGCAAAGAAUCACGUUUGAAGAAAACGUAGAGAAGAUUUUUGAUGAGGAAGCAAAGCAACAUGAAGUUACUGACAUUAGGAAAACUGCACUUAUAUUGAUAGAAAAUUGCACUGCAUGGCUCUACCUUCACCGAUCUCAAAAUAAUCAUCAUUUAAAGGAAGCAGUGUCGAGGCUUUUCAACCAGUAUAUAGUUUUUCAAGAAGGGAUCUUAAAUCAACGAUUCGAUAACAACCUUCAUUUUGUUCGGCUCGAUCAGAACGUAUCUACAGUGAUCGAUUUAUUUCGGCAGCAUCUUGAACUGUUACAGUCUCGGCAUCGACAACAUUGUGGAGGCAAAUUGAGACGUUUGUCCAGAAAAAGGAAAAUUGAAGCGUGCAGGAAGGAAGCGGCACACUCGCGGAACAAAAUCAAACGCUCACUGGAAACGCAAUUCAAUCCAGCACUUGAAAUGAGUGCCGGCCUUUGUGUUGAUAUAGAAGCCAACCCUGCGCCAUGUGACGUAUUUGUAUACUCGGGCCCACAUCCGCUGAAACAAGUGUGCGCCCCUGUGAUGAAUUAG